GACGCUAAUUCUAUGCUAUACACACGUGUUUAACUUAAUGUAAAAUUUACAGAGUUUGCGCACAAAUGGUUAGAAAGAAAGCUCUGCACCAUAACGCAUUUUGACUAGGGCUGUGAUUAUAACACCUCGUUGAAGUUUUUUAGUUCAUGAUGAACGCGUUAUAUGUGACAGUGUCCAUUCCGCUACUACUUGUGUUAGCUGGCUUCAACCACGCUCACGGACUUACAACAUUUGGAAAAUCAAAUAACCAAGGCACGCAACAGCCGCAAAGACCAGCUGCGACACCAAAACAUUGUACAACUCAGGCCAACUGUUCAAUAAUUAAAGGAACUACAUGUAUAAAAGAUCGUUGUCUUUGUGGAAACAACGAAAAUCCUAUUAAUGGAAAAUGUACCGCUUUGAAAGCAGGGGCAAAUCAUUUAUGUAGCUCUGAUGGAGAUUGUGUCGACGACGCUCACUGCUCAAAUCCUCCUGCAAACAAGAGUAAAUCCGUCUUUGGUCCUAACGACAAAAUUUGUGUGUGUGAUGAAGGACAUGUGGAAACAGAAAGAGGAACUUGUGGAGGAGAGUCUAACUUCUUCGUGUUGCCUGGACUAAUAAUGAUCGCAACGAGCCUCUCAAGGAUACUGUACUGAACAUCAGGAUACACCAUAUGAAUUGAAUUUUCACCUUAUAGAUACUUCUUACUUUAAAUUAAAACCUUGUUGUAUUGCAUGUUAAUUAACUAAUAAUUUACACAACUUUUGCAAUAAUUGUGUUUGAGAUAUGGUAAAUUCUUUUAACAAAUGUGUAAUGUGUCAAAGUUUAUUUUUCGCUAUUAAUGUUAAAGUAUGUACUUGCACUAUUAGUGAGUUAAUAAAUGUUACAUGUGUAGUCGUUUUA